GGAAAAUAAGACGCCGGUUGUUGUUUGCAGCAUAAUGAAUGCAUUCCGACGGCAUUUAUAACGGCGAGGAGCGCACCGCAGGCGUUUAUUACGCAUUAUUGAAGUCCGUUAUUCUGUUGUAGUGAUGGCCCGUAAAAGCAGGAGCAACAUACAGGCAGAAAGAUGGGUAAGAAGAUUCUUUAGAGGUGGAAAUUAAUGAACGACUUCGUCGAUGUUUUAUAAGCACGGAUUUGGUAUUAUGAAUAUUACCAAUGUUAUUCUUCGCUCUGAUGAAGACUUGCGCAAUGCAGUAACGCACAGUUUUGGGCUGUGGAUGUGCUGGAUAUUGAAUAUCUGUCUGCAAAGGAGGAGAUCGCCUUUUGGUUUUCAUUAAGAGCAAAGUUUGCUUGCAUGAAAACUUCAUUUGUGUUGCAAUUGUUAUGCUGUUGCUCAUUCAACGUGAUUGAGUGGUUCAAAGCCACUCUGUUCUCCAACAGAUGAGAGGCAAGCAGUUCCCACAACUUCACUUGCCUGCACUAGGGGAAAAUAAUGCUUAUGUUUAUGACAGAAAGCUCAAAACAUAUCAGAAUCAUACUACAAAAAUAAUCGCCCAUUCUGGAAGCGUAAUGAAAGUGUUGCGGAGGAAAAGAUUUGUCCUGUUUAUAGCAUAUUUCCUGCUGUUAGUUCUUACUAUGCUGAACUUGGCCAACUACAGGUGGACUAAAGAGCCCCAACAGUGCAAUCUCCAAAUGAGAAGCACACCGUAUCAGGGCAGAUCAGACAUCCGCUUUCUUUACAGACCAUCUCUUGCCAAGAAGAGACAGCUUGUCUAUGUUUUGACGACAUGGAGGUCUGGCUCAUCUUUUUUCGGAGAGCUGUUUAAUCAACACCCAGAGGUCUUCUUCUUGUAUGAACCAAUGUGGCACAUCUGGCAAAAGCUUUACCCGGGCGAUGCUGUGUCCUUACAAGGGGCUGCAAGGGACAUGCUGAGCUCGCUGUACCAUUGUGAUCUUUCUGUUUUUCAGCUGUACAACAGCCCCGGGGGCAAAAAUUUCACCUCGCUUGGACUUUUUGGGGCCACACUUAAUAAAGUCAUCUGCUCGUAUCCUCUUUGCUCUGCUUACAGGAAGGAGGUGGUAGGAAUGGUCGAUGACAAAGUGUGCAAAAAGUGUCCUCAACAAAGCCUCAGGCUAUUAGAGGAAGAAUGCCUUAAGUACAACACGAUUGUCAUUAAAGGGGUGCGUGUUCUGGACGUCAAUGUUUUGGCCCCCCUCAUGGAUGAUCCAUCUCUGGAUCUAAAAGUGAUUCAUCUUGUGCGAGAUCCGAGAGCUGUGGCCAACUCCAGGAUCAAAUCUAGACACGGACUGAUUCGUGAGAACUUACAGGUUGUCAGAAGCAGGGACCCAAAACUCCGUCGGAUACCCUUUGUGGAUCCCGGAAACAAAAUUAGUAAAAAAGACGGAGCAGAUUACCAUUCCGUUGGUGCUAUGGAAGUCAUAUGUGAUCGCACGUAUAGGAGCCUGAGCACUGCCUUAAAUCCACCCAACUGGCUGAAAGGGAAAUACCUGGCAGUUCGCUAUGAGGAUCUGGUGGAAAACCCGGUCAAAAUACUCCGGAAUGUUUAUCAAUUUGCCAAUCUCAGUUCAAACCUUGACAUUGAGUCUUUUGCUCUUAACAUGACAAAUGGAACAAGCUCUUCCUCAAAGCCAUUUAUCGUGUCUGCCAGGAAUGCGACACAGGCGGCCAGUGCGUGGAGAACAGUGCUGAGUAUACAACAGAUCAAACAAGUAGAGGAGUACUGCUAUCAUGCAAUGGCAAUUCUGGGUUAUGAACGUGCACGAACAGCUGUUGAAGCAAAAGAUCUGAGUAAAUCUUUACUGACUGCCUCCAAACUCUAACACAAAUCUCACACAAGAUAGCUACUUUUCAAAUGAAACAGAACACCAUCUCUGUAACUGUGGAAUUUCUUUAGUUCCAAUCAAGUGUUAUUGAGGGAUUUCAAAAUUUAUUUCUGGAAUAUUUUUAUGCCAUCUUGUGUUCAUUCAGUAACACCAUUUCUUUUGUAAAUGGACCUGUAAACACUGGUUCUCAACUGUUUUUGCUUCACGACCCAGAUUUUACAUUGGACAUUAAAUGUCAAACCAACACACCACCAAAACUGUCUAUUAUACACACUUAAACAAAAACGUCCUUAAAGGAAUAUUCCGGGUUCAGUGCAAGCUAAGCUCAAUAGACAGCAUUUUUUGCAUUAUGUUGAUUACCAAAAAAAAAAACAAACAAAAAAAAUUUCAACUUGUACCUCUUUUUCUUUAAAAAAAUAAAUAAAAUAAAUCUGUUGUACUGAUGUACUUACAAUGGAAGUGAAUGGGGCCAAUCCAUAAAUGUUAAAAUACUCACUGUUUCAAAAGUAUAGCCACAAGACGAAAACAAAAUGUGUGUCAAGAUGAUUUUAGUGUAAAAACGCUUACCAACCCUUUCUGUGUAAAGUUAUAUCCAAUUUUACAACUUCAUUGCCAUGAUGACGUAAUGCUGCAAACCCUAAAAAUUACAAUUUAAACAUCUUUACAGCUCAAAUAAUAUGAGUUUCAACAGAAGAAUUAAAGUAAGUGCUUUAUACAAUUAUAAGCUUCAUAUUUCUGCCUUUAAACCCUCCAAGAAUUGGCCCCAUUUACUUCCGUUGUAAGUGUCUCACAGUAACCUCUAUUUUUGCUGUUUUUUAAAGAAAAGUUGAAAUUAUUUUGGUAACACUUUACAAUAAGGCUCCAUUCGUUAACAUUAGUUAAUGGAUUAGGUAUCAUGAACAAACAAUGAACAAUAUAUUUUACAGCAUUUAUUAAUCUUUGUUAAUAUUAGUUAAAGGUAUAGUUCACCCAAAAAUGAAAAUUCAGUCAUUGUUUACUCAUCCUUGUGUUGUUAUGACCCUAUAUGGCGUUCUUUCUUUUUCUUAACACAAACUGCCAUUGUAUAACAUCACUGAGCACAACAUUUUUUCACAGAAAAAAUGUUGCUUCUUUCAAAGAAAGUCAUAUGGGGUUAUAACAACUCAGGGGUGAGUAAACAAUGACUGAAUUUUCAUUUUGGGGUGAACUAAUCCUUUAAAAAAAAUACAAUAGUUCAUUAUUAGUUCAUAGUGCAUUAAAUAAUGUUAAAAAAUAAAACUUUUAAUUAAAACAAUUUAUUAUUGUAUGUUGAAAUGAACAUUAACCAAGAUUAAUAAAUGCUGUAAAAGUAUUAGUCGUUGUCAGUUCAUGUUAACUAAUGUUAUUAACUUAUGUAAAGUAAUGGAACCUUAUUGUAAAGUGUUACUGUUAUUUUUUGUGGUAAUCAAAAUUAUGCUACAAAUGCUGUCGAUUGAGCUUAAUCUGGAUUGAACCCAAAAUAUUCCUUUUAAGAUCAAAUAUUAUAAUGUAUUAAUACUGCCAUCAACUGUAUAGGCCUAACAAUAUGCAAAAAUAUUAACAUGAUAUAGGCUGAAAAGGAAAAUGUUGUAAAUGCAUAAACAACAGAAGUGUGAAUCACCAGCCUAAUACAUGGACCAAACAGUGGGCCAAAUAUUGUAUUAGUAUUUGACAUACUUAUAAAAAGUACGCGAUAGAUUUGUAAUAGUUAGACGCAGCUUUUGAUGUCAACAACAAAAGUUAUGGAAAGUGUUUUUCCUUCCUUUUAACAAUUGAUAAGCCCAUUUAUUUAGCUUUCCUAACUAUAUUUUGUUAGUUGUAAUUUAUUAUUUGCAUUUUGCAUUGUUUUCAGGUCAGAACAGACCUGCAAACAUUUUUGGGUCUCAAUUCACCAGUUGAGAACCACCGCUGUAGAUGUUUGAUAAAGCAGCAUCUAUGGACCGUUAUUAAAAAAAUAGGAUGACUCUUUAUAUUGUUCUAGGUCGUUUAUUUUUAAAAGAUCAUUUGAUUUCUGCAAAAGUCAGAAAUGAGAAUGAAAAAUUAUACCAACAAAAAUACUGUUAAAAACUGUUAUGCUAAGUGCAGGUAAUGCUAUUCCUUUAGUGCCGAAUCGAUUCAAAGACAAUCAUUAAAGUUUGCAUACUUUAUAAAUGCCAGUGUUAUGUAUUAUUGUAGGGCAUAUUUUUCAUUUCACCAAAUAAA